AUGGGUUUGCAACUCACGUUUCUCAGCGAUAAGCAAGCACCAAAAGCUUUGGAUGCAGUGCUGCGUCAGGUGAAGCCAUGUCACUGGACAGAUAUCAAACCAGCCACAGCAGCCAGGAUUGAAGCCCAUAUGGAGGCUGCCCUUGGAGCUGAAGACCCCUCCUCGCUGCUGGGCUCAGAGCUGAGGUUUAGUGAGGAUGGCUUCUCUUGGUACAAGUUUCUCUUGGUGGAGGUUUGCCAAGACGCCAGGGUGCUCAGGUACGAGGGCAAAACAAGCAAGAAGCACAUGCUUGUCAAGCCAGUCGCCAACGUGGUCGUGAAGUUCACUGUGGAGUACGAGGGCAAACCGAAGGGACCACAGCUUCACGCUUGGUCUUUGGGAUCUGGUGGUCACCUUGGAUCCUACAAUUUCCAAUGGGGUGAUUUGGCUUGUCAGGUUUUCACUGCUGCAAGCCAGAAGAUGAGCCACUUCAAGCGCAUGCUGUCGGAGCCGGAGCAGAAGGCCAUUUGCUGGAUGCUUGGAGAUGACCGAAUCUACCCUACUUCGGUGCAUAUGUCCAUGUGGUCGUGGCUGAAAUCUUUGAACUGGAGCAUUCCUGCGCGCUCGGAGGAAGCAAAAUUAGGACACUUUGUUGACCAUGGCCUUGAGCAGCUGAGAGAAGCAUGCAGCCGUGGGCAGCUCAUUUUUGCAGCCAACUGGCGCUGCAAGGAGUUGGAAGAGAUGUGGUUACUACUGACUUCUGUCCGCAUGAGCGCAGGGAUGCCAGGUCUUUCCUUCAUGGAUCCCACGACAGAUCCGAUUGCAGUGGCCCCUUCGAAAAAUGUAUUGCCGGUGCUAGACCUCCUGCAGGCAUUCUUCUGUGCUGAAAGAAUGGCUACCAUUCAGUCUUUCUACGUGGACUUGAAAGGCGCGAUGGCAACACUGGAACUGCUGAUCCCAAAGCUUGCCAACCAACCAGAGUUGAAGCAUUUCUUCGAAUCAGCCAUGGAGCGCGACCCAGCCCAACGAAUCUCCGAGUUGGAGACGGACAUGAAAGCGCUGCAGGAAGCUGUGGCCGCCUUGCGUGCAGCCUUGCUUCUCCACCAGAUAGUGACGCAUGCAGUUUUGGAGCAACACCGCAGUAGCAGGGUCCGGGUUCCCAAGAGAAAACGAAAGUAA